AUGGAUGGGAGUUACCCAAAGCUAUUGGAAGGUUGGAGAAACUGGAGGGGCUUUAUCUCGGUCAGUGCCAGAGGCUUGGAAGGCGAAAUUCCUCCUGAAAUAGGAGGCCUAUCUUAUCUAAAAGUCCUAGAUUUAUGCGGGACCAGAAUCUGUCAUGUUCCGAGCACAAUCAACAUGCUUUCUUGCCUCUCGACACUUGACUUAACAUCAUGUAAUGAGAUUACAGAGUUGCCUGAGCUUCCAGCGAGUUUAGUCAUUUUGCGUGUUGAAUCUCGCUCACUGCAGGUAGUCCCAAAUCUCUCCAAUCUUUCUAAUCUGGAAGAGUUGUUCCUGUCUGAUGGCGCUGACUAUGGAGUCUUGCCAUAUGGCUCUGAAUGUCGACUGCGCAGAUGUGACUUGGGGUGGAUUGGAAGGCUAUCCAAACUAAAGAAGUUUGAGUUGCGUCUUUUCAAUGUCGCUGCACCGCCUACAGAGUUGGGUGACCUUUCUCUUCUGGAAAAUCUUAGUUUGCAUAGACUAGACCUGCAAGCCCUGCAGCUGCUACCACCUUCUUUAUCUUAUUUGAAACUUGACAAUUUGAACACGGGAGUAUCCCAGCUAUCCAACUUGAAAUUCCUGUCCAGCUUGACACUAUGUUUCUCUAAAUUGCGAGAAAUUGAACUCAAUGGACUUUUGCAAUUGCAUCGGUUAUCGUUGACCGCCUGUCUUCUUAAGAGAUUGUCCAUACCAUCUAGCUUAAGGACACUGAGUGUAUUCAAUUGCCCCAAGCUGAUGGAGAUUACUGGUAUGUUGGAAUCACUAGAGGAAUUAUCAAUCCACUCCUGCAACUCAUUUGAAAGGUUAGGAUGUGAUGAGGUAGGAUCACUUGGGGUCCUCGAUCCAUCAGAGUCUUCUUCAAGUGCGCUGAGCUGUUAUGCGCCAGGAGUACUUCUCACUGAUGCUUUAAAGAAACUAAAACGACUGGAGAUGAUUAGAUGCGAAGGCCUAGUUGAGAUUCGAGUCGUAGGUAUGUUGUUAUCAUUGCAAGACGUCAUCAUUCGCAAUUGCGAUGGCAUGGAAAAGUUUAGCAUAUCGCCCCUGAAGAACCUUCAGAAUAUGGUCAUCAGUGAUUGCCGUAAGCUGCGGGUUGUUGAGGGCCUCGACGAACUAGAGUUUCUGGUUAAUUUAGAGCUCUCCCGUUGUCCUUCACUGGAAAUAUCGCUCGACAUAUCGAACUCAAAAAUACAGGAUAAGUGCCUAAUAAAAGUUUGUCAGUGCGGGGAGUCGCUUGGCACUUCACAUCAUAGGACCUUCAAGCGUUACAAAAAGAUGAUUCUUUAG